AUGAAGAACAGCAGCAGCAGUUCUGUGAAGUCUCUGUAUUUCCAGUUCACUCUGUUCACAGAUCAGGGCUCCCUCAGAUACCUCUUCUUCAGUCUGUGUCUGCUGCUCUACAUGACCAUCGUCUCUGCCAACCUGGCCAUCAUCCUGGCAGUCUGCCUGGAGAAGUCUCUCCAUCAUCAGCCCAUGUAUAUCUUCAUCUGCUGUCUGUCCUGUAACUCUCUGUACGGCUCGGUGGGCUUCUUCCCCAGGUUUCUCAUGGACGUCAUCUCAGACACUCACCUCAUCCCUCAGACAGCUUGUUUCAUCCAGAUCUAUAUCGUUUACUCGUACCUGGGAAACGAGCUGACCCUCCUCACCGUCAUGGCGUACGACAGACUCGUAGCGAUCUGUCAGCCUCUGCACUAUCACAGGAAGAUGACGGGGAGGAAGGUGAAGCUCCUGAUCGUCCUGUCCCUGUCCUACCCUGCGGUUAUCGUCUCUCCUUUCGUUUGUUUCCUGACCCUCGUGAACUUUUGUGGAAACAAGAUUCAGAGGAUUUUCUGCACCUCCUGGCCCGUGAUUCAGCUCUCAUGUGGCGACACUUCUGAUAAAAACAUCGGCGGUCAGGUUUCCGCUAUAGUGACCAUCUUCUUCCCUGUGGCUUUCGUCCUCUUCACAUACCUGCGAAUCCUUCUGGUCUGCAGGAGAAGUUCUGUUAAAUUCAGAGGAAAGGCCUUACAGACCUGUCUGCCCCACAUGUUGACUUUUAUUAACUUUUCUAUCUCCGUUUUCUGUGACCAUAUACUGUCCAGACACUUGAUCGGUGACUUAAGUCAGAUCGUAGUUGUGGUUUUAUCCCUGGAGUUCAUGAUCGUUCCCCCCAUCCACAACCCUCUGGUUUACGGUCUGAGUUUACCUCAGAUCAGAGGAGUGAUCUUUAGACGUUUGAAGGUUCGUAAAAUCAAAAAUACUCCUUAA